AUGAUUCGGGUAGAUUACCGUCUACUGAGAGAUAAAAUUCUGCAAACACUGAAGGCCAGUGGGAAACAUAGGAUACUGGUUAUACUAGUAGGACCCCCUGGCUCAGGUAAGUCUACAAUUGCUGAACGAUUACGGGAUGAUUUAAACAGCAAGCACCAAGUACUUCCAGAGCGGCCAACGAAUGCUGGCGAGCCAGAGUCGAAAAUUUCAACAUUGCCGAGUAGGAAUUGUCACUAUGUUACUGAUGAAAUAGUGGAUAAUCUUCCCACUAGUUCCUCCGUUCGAGAAUGCUCUGGUCAGAACUACCGGAAUUCAGCAGGCAUGAAUGGUUGUUACAAAGAUGUUGACGCCGAUAACAACGUUGUUAUUUCAAAUAAGAGUAGAAAUCUGUCUACUAUCAAAAUAUUAGCCUCGCCUGUUUCAGGUGGAAAGUUUUCGCAAGUUGUUCCUAUGGAUGGAUUCCAUCUUCCUCUAGAUGUUCUGCCCUCGGAAUUGUUGCCAACCCGAGGUUCCCCAGAAACAUUUGAUGUUCGACUGCUGGUGAAACUGAUAGAACUGCUGAUAGAAACCUGCAAAACGACCACAGCAGACUUUGUUCCCAAUAUAUCAGUUCCUAGUUUUGACCAUGCAGUAAAAGAUCCAGUUCCUGACAGUAUUCUACUUUCUCAACAAACUAGAGUGAUUAUUAUUGAAGGGCUUUAUCUUCAAUGCAAAUUUGGAGAAUGGUCUAAGAUUAAUCAGUUGAUAGAAAAGAACAAGUUAAAGAAUGGACUGAGAAUUUUGUCGUGGCAGGUAGGGAUUGAUCCAAUUGAGGCUCGCCAGCGUGUAGCACGAAGGCAUUUGAAGAAUGGUUUAGUAUCCACUAUACAAGAAGGGCUAGACAAGUACGAUUUUAAUGACAGGAUUAAUAGGGAUUUUAUUACACUACAUCAGGUUCCCACAGAUUUGAUUAUAGAUAAUUCUGAUAGGGAAAUAGGAAAAUGA